GCCGCGAGCCGACGCCCCCUCGCUGCGCGGCGGGGAGGCGGGGCUUCCGCCGCGGCCGCCGGGCGGAGGUGAGCGCCAUGGAGGCGGCCUAGGCGCGGCCGUGGGCUCUGCGCGCCGGGCCCCGCGCCGGGCCCGCAGGUAUUAAAAUAUGCUGUUGUCAAUAGGAAUGCUGAUGUUGUCUGCCACUCAGAUAUACACUAUUUUGACUGUUCAGUUAUUUGCUUUCCUGAAUCUUUUACCAGUGGAGGCAGAUAUUUUAGCAUAUAACUUUGAAAAUGGAACCCAGACCUUUGAUGAUCUACCUGCCAGGUUUGGCUACAGACUACCAGCAGAAGGCCUGAAGGGAUUCCUAAUAAAUUCAAAACCAGAGAAUGCUUGUGAGCCUAUAGCCCCCCCUCCGCUGAAAGACAACUCAACCAGUGUUUUUAUUGUGUUAAUUCGAAGGCUUGAGUGCAACUUUGAUACCAAGGUUUUAAAUGCACAGAGAGCUGGAUACAAGGCAGCUAUAGUUCACAAUGUUGAUUCUGAUGACCUCAUAAGCAUGGGAUCCAACGACAUUGAAAUUUUAAAGAAGAUUGACAUUCCUUCUGUCUUCAUUGGAGAGGCAUCAGCAAAUUCUCUUAAGGAAGAAUUUACUUAUGAAAAGGGUGGCCAUGUUGUGUUGAUCCCAGAGUUCAGUCUUCCUUUGGAAUACUACUUAAUCCCUUUUCUAAUAAUAGUAGGGAUCUGCCUUAUUCUCAUUGUCAUAUUUAUGAUCACAAAAUUUGUGCAAGACAGACACAGAGCAAGAAGGAAUCGGCUUAGGAAGGAUCAGCUUAAGAAACUUCCUGUACAUAAAUUUAAGAAAGGAGAUGAAUACGAUGUAUGUGCCAUUUGUCUGGAUGAAUAUGAGGAUGGAGACAAGCUCAGAAUCCUUCCAUGUUCUCAUGCAUAUCACUGCAAGUGUGUGGACCCCUGGCUGACAAAAACAAAAAAAACAUGUCCCGUUUGUAAGCAGAAAGUGGUCCCUUCUCAGGGAGACUCUGACUCUGAAACAGACAGUAGUCAAGAAGAAAAUGAAGUAUCUGAAAAUACCCCCUUGCUUAGACCAUUAGCCUCAGUUAGUACUCAGUCCUUCGGGGCUUUGUCAGAAUCUCACUCCCAUCAGAACAUGACAGAGUCCUCAGAAUAUGAGGAAGAUGACAAUGACAAUAUUGAUAGCAGUGAUGCAGAAAAUGGAAUAAAUGAAGAAAGUAUAGUGGUUCAACUACAGCCCAAUGAUGAAAGGGAUUAUAGAGUGACAAAUAUUGUUUGAGACUACUAUUGAUUAAUAGUGUAUGAACAAAAGAGUUCUUAAGGUCAUACUUCACAAACAUUUACGUAGGUAAUACAUUUUAAUUUGUAAUCCAUCUGGUUUCUUCAAUAGCGGUUCAUGUAGUAGUACUAUGGUUUAAUCAUUACAAAUAGAUUUAUUUUUGAUUCAGGUAUUCAGUCACGUGUUCUUUAACAGUUUAACUGGAUUUCACAAUGCUAAUGAAUAAUGUUAAUAGUUUAUAUAACUAGAAAUAUUACACAGACUACUUUAAAUGUCAGUGUCUGUUGAAAUGGGAUUUAGCUGGAAAUAAUUUUCAUCCUUUUUGUAGCUACAGCUGGGUCAUACCAAUAGCAAUAUUUAUUAUGUGUAUGGUAUGUGUUAACCCUUAAGCCCAACAAAAACUGUAUUUGCAUGUUUGUAUAGAGUUUGCCUAAAAGCUGUCACCACUACUGAAAAAAAAAGGUAGAACAGAUCAAUAUUCUGUAUGUUGAUGUAUCAAAACGAAGCAGAAGAAAUUCCACUUUUAUCUCAAAGCACUGAUUCCAAAUAAUCCUUUGGAGUUUGCCACUCUAGUUGAGUUUAAGCAGUCCUGUUGAGCAGUUCGUAGGAUAAGGAAACUUAGAAUAUAUAUAUGUUUAGUUUUAAGUGGUUCACAAGGUAAGAUUCAUCUGUAACAUGUUAAUUUAGCUUUGUUUGCUACUAUGAUGUAAUCUGGUUUUCAGUGAUGAUGUGGGAGCUGGGGAGAGGGUGACUAAAACAGGGAAGGUUUUGUUCCACAUAGAAUUUUAGGUAAGUAUUCUAUUGAUCCUCAAGUCAUACACCUCUUACUAAAGAGCAUUUUGUGCUACAUUAAUCUGCUAAAUUAUGUAUAUAUAAAAAAAAAAAUUUCCUUUCAAAUACCUGAUUUGAAAACAAGUGCUUAUAACUAUUAAACAGAACUCAGUACUUACCAGUGUAUCAUGAAAAAAGUAAAUUAUAUAUAAUACCUCUGUAACUAUGUAGAAAGUAACAGCACAUGUAUAAUCAAAAUGCAGAGAUUUUUUUUAUAUGGCCUUGAAUAAGGAAAGCUUGACAGAAUGUUAAUAAAUGUUUUCCACUUUACGUAUCAAAAGGAUUUUAUUUAACUUACGCCUUACAUUCAUUGUGUACUUACACAUUUAUUACCAUGUAAGGUUAAAGAAUUUUUAAAGAUCCAGAACAUGGAAUUGUGAACAUCCCUUAGUAACAUUAACCUUUGUUGUACUGUGUAUCACAGUACAAAUCUUAUACUGAUCAACACUAUGCAGUGGAACUAAGCUACAUCGUAAACAGUUUUUGUUCAUUUAGUUUGAUGAGAAGCUUGAAACAGUCCAGGUCUAUACAUGUAAUCUAUAUGGGGGAAAUAAGGCCAGAGUACUAUUCAUUUUUCCUGUCUGCUGUGCCAACACCUUUACAGCUGAAGACUAAGUGUUUGUGUUCUGAAAGUCAGAAAGUGCCAAAUUCUGGGCUGAGGAGAUUACAGGUGAGGUGUUCCCAUUUGUUAUUUCUGACUUAAUGUGCAGUGCAGCUACAUACCCUCCUUCCUUACACCUGGUAGUGGAAAUCAAUUCUCUUGAACUGGUGAACAGCAAAGAGGGUUUCAUUUUCAGAAUGAGACAUGGGAAAAGGAUAAUGAAGAAUAAUGAUUAAUAUACAAACCACUGCCAAUCCAUGGGGUAAACAUAAUGUAUUUGAUUUUGCUGUGUAAAAUUCCACCUCAAAUGGCAUAUGUCUAGUUAAGACCAAAUAUGAAAACCUAAGCUGUAAGAUGUUUCUUAAAAUAGGUUUCCCGCUGUUAAUAUGUAAUGAGUGCAUGUGUUUAUUCAUAAUUGCAUUUCAGGCACCCCAAAACUUGAAGAGAUGCAGAACCAUGAACAGAAGUCAACUUUUUAACAUAUGCUACAUUUAACACUGAGUGUAGUAUUUGCUGCAAUGACAAAACGUGAAAGGAGACUUUAGUUUGCCAUGCUCCAUCCUAUACAGAGAAAUGCAGGCAGCAAGAGAUACUCUGUUCCCAUCCCAAACCUGCUGUAUGUUUCAAAAUAAAGUCCAAUUUCCUAAUGCUAUUAAUGUAAAUUUCAUUUCAGCAGGCCUUGGUAGUAAACACUGAGAUGGCAUUUCUCCCCCAUGCCCCUCCUCCUGCCUUGCACCACAGAUAGUUUACUCAUCUGUUGCCAUUGCCAGUGGGGAUGUGAAUGAAAAGAACAGCACUUCAUUAAAGGAAUUGCUGCAUUUCUGAGUAUAACUUGUAUAUUUCAUUAAAACUUGCUGGAUAAAUCUUCUGUCCCAAAAGGCAGUGUCUUCACAAACCUACAGGAAGAGAUAAAUAUGGAUUUUUCUUUGGACUAUGACCUCCUAGUUUACCAUGUGAAGGAGCAUAGUUUCCUCACCUUGCCACAAACAGCUGACUACCAGUUGCUGUUUUUAUAUAAUUUUUUUCCUCCCUUUAUUAUAAGCCCAUCAAUCCAACUUCAGUCUCUAGCUAUGUUCCAAAUAGCACACUGGUACUUGAAAGAGGUUCAUGCUUGGUUACCUAGCUGAAAAAAAAAAAAUCUAGUAGAUAGCUACAUGUAUAACUAGUGUCUGAAUUUAAAAUGCUUCAUGAGUCCUCUGAGGUGUAUGUCUACAUAAAAUAGCAUAGUAUCAUUGACUGUUAUCACAAAAUGUAAUUAUUUGUAUGACCAGUAUAAAUAGCUUCGUAUAAGUUUGAACCAAACCUUUCAUUUACAUAAGGAGAAUAAACUACUCUGAAAAGAUGCCAAAGACAGGAAUUAAAACUCACCCUUGAAAGGAAAGAUAAGUCCUCAUAUUUUCAGAGGUGGGAAGAGUACAGGAAAAAGUGACAAGUCUAACAAGUGUUUUUCUUAACAGGUCACCAAGGAACAGAGAAAGGAUUUAAUGAGCAAAACAAACCAGUACAUAAUACUGGAAGAGCUCCAGGGCAGUGUUUGAAUGAACAGAAGUAAUGGGACAGCUAGGUGUAAAAUAAUAGAACAGGGUAUUAAAACAAAAUGCAAUUCCUUCUGUAAAUAGUUAGAAUUCAGUAGAGGCAAGAAACAUCUAACAGAAUUCUAAGUAGCAUUCAUUAUAAAAAAAAUGAAUUUAGUGAGAAAUCAAUAUAAUGACCAUCUAAAAGGCUAAGUCCUAGUGGCUGGUAUAAUUGAAACCUGCCAGUGAAUGAUUAGGAUGGAGAAAGUGAACACGCUGGCAUUUAACUUCAGAAGUGUUAUUUCAGGGAAAGUAAGGGACUAAUUAGAAUGGCCUGGAAGUUAGCAUUACAAGCUUGUAAACUCCUGGUAGUCUGCACAUAAAUCCAGCUCUCCCUUAUCUCCCAGUGUGUGCCAUACAGGGGCAUAAAGAACUAGGGAUAGAGGAGGGAGAAGUGAAUCUUAAAAUAGUGAAGCAGUUUGGUCAGUAGUGAAUUAUCUUUCUUCCUGAGUUUGGGAAGAGAGUGAACAACUUUAGAACUACCCUUAAAAACACCCACCCCAACUUUAAAGCAAUUCUGCCUCUUCUCUGCAUUAAUUUUCCUGAGUGGUGAAUUGUGAGUAGUGGUAUGACCUAAUAAACUGUUACCUCAGAACUGGCUGGAGCAGGACUAUAUUGAGGAACAUUACACUGUUCAGGGUCUAGCCUGCCAGUUAAUGCUGCUAAUCACCAAGAGAAGGGCAGUAAGUACAUCGCUGUGCAUGUGACUUUGUUGUGUCAAUAGAAUUAAACUGAUAAAGUCUAAGAUAAAGUAUUUUAUUGUAGCUCUUUUAGUACCUUUCUGCAAGGAGGAAAAAAACCCAACAACUUUGAAUGCGGAAUGAACCUAUAUCAGAAAUUAAGCUCUUAGCAUUGGAGAAUUCAAGUUGUUUUUAAGUUGUAUAUAAUCUGGAAAUUAGUAGAGGGGUUAAACGUGAUGGAGUCAAAUUUGAUGAGCAUUCAGGCUAUUCAAGAAAUAUACUUUAGGUAGAUUCUGUUAAAUAAUGUGUGCAGACACCAUUUUGCUGUGGAAAUCGAACAGCAUUUGGGAAAGUAGUUUUAGCAACGAUUUCUCACAAGAAGUAGUAGCUAUAGCUAGGUGACAAUGUAGAUGCCUCCUCUGUACAUGUGCUCAGAACAGGGGAUUGAGCAUAAAGAAACGUUAGGUUGAAUAAGGAAUGGGAGGGUAAGUACUUGGUAUGUGCUUAUGUUACUCCUGCCUCUGAGGUGCCAUUACAGGUAAUUCCUGAUGUGAUGGCCUCAUUAUUGAAAAAUUUCAAUCAAAAAUAAAAAUCCUGUAAUCAGAAUGUAAGUGCAAUUUUAAGUUUGGUUUAGGCAAAAUUUAGAUACAGAGCAAAACACAUUCUGAUAUAACAAUUUCACUGUAAAAGUGAGAGGUUUGCAUCCUCUGUAUUAGAAACUACCAAAAGUGAACUUGUUCUGGGCUGUGGGUUUGUUCUAGUCUGUUUCAAGUUUUAGCACUAUAACAGACAUUAAAGGUGGAAGGUACAGCUCAGACCCUAAGCCACUCAAGCAGCCAGAGGAGAUAAAUAUUGCGUACGUGAAGGCUUCAGUUAGAGGGGGCGCUAGGAGCAGAAGUAGGUGCAACGGUUACACUGAAGACUAAGAUGAAGGGAGAGAUAGGGGAGAGCAAUGGCAUCUUGAUGGUAACAUCCAAGCAGCAAGUAACUGGCACUGUCAGGACUAGGAAAAGCAUCACCUUAGCUGAAGAUUAACCUCUAUCUAAGGUCUGGGCUUUUCUUUCUUCUCCCCCUCCCUCAAAUUCCCAUUGUUUACUAUCAGAUCUUAAAAGGCACACUGCUUUCACCUGACUCUUGCUUUCAAAGUACUUUGGUAGCAGACACACCAGAAGCCUCAUAGAUGCUGUUUAGCUGGCAGACCUUAAGCCUCUUCCCUACCAGAGGGGAACAAGCUCUAAUCCUACUGAAUAGAUUGUGUGGCAGAGGUCUCCUCUUGCUUCUGUUUUUCCUUUUUUUAUUUUUAUUUAUUUUUUUUUUGCAUUUUCAUAGGAUGGGAAACGCUGUAGAACAGCUGGGAAUGCACUCCCUCUUUUGUCUGGUAAACGCAGAGGUAGCCAAAAGGAAUCUCGUAAUUUAGAUAUAUCUACAUUAAAGGCCUUUUAUAAAGGCUUAGAAUUUUGUCCUUUAACUAGAGUGGUAUUAUCAUACUAUUACUAUUUCACAAACCUUACAACUGCACUUUGAUCAAGUAUUAGAGUAGUCAGCCAUGCAAUGAGGAAGGGCUUCAGAGGAUAGUUGGAGGGGGAAAAAUUACAAACAGUCUUGUUUUGUUUGGUUGGAAUAAAUUUAUUUCAUCUGUCUGUAAACAAGGUGUUUUUAAUAGUUAUGGCAUUUUUUGAAAUGCAUAUUAAAUCAGAUGAGUUAGACUGUAUCCCAGAUGUAACAAAGUGCAGGGAAAGAAAUGGACAAAUCAGCAACAAGAAUUUGUUUAAAUCUGUACAUUAUCCACAAGGCCCAACAAUAGAAGCAAAUACUAGAAUGUCCCUAAAGUAGUGCCAUUCAAAAGAAACCCUUGUAGUCAGUUAAAAUCCAUCUCACAAUAGCAACAGUUCAUUUUUUUUAAACAAUAGUAUGGCACAGAAUACAUAUUAAAAAAUUCAUCACAAGACAGCCAAGUCAGUUAUUCCAACCAAUACCAUCUCCCAUUUAUUCUUUUGUAUACAGAGUUCUGCAGUUCUCUUUAAAUGGACAUACAAGUUAGUACCGUGCCUGAACUGAGAGUUUGGUUACAGACAUUUCAAAUGACUAGUGCACAAGGCAGUUCACUCCAUGAUUUCUGCAGCAAGGGUGUGACAGGCCAAAUGAAGAUUUUAGAUUUGAAAUGGCAUCAUUUUGACAGGUUAGCUUUCAAACUACCAACCUUCAUCUGAAUAAUGGCUUCAGAGCAGCAGAACUCUUUAACCAGUAACUAAUCUGGCAGAAAGACUGGAGUCAGUCAGCACUCCCAGAAUAGCUGAAGGUGGCAGUUUUCCACAAUGAUAUUGCAAUUUAAUU